UGAAAAGAAGCACCCCUUUGUAGAACAUCCAAUCAAUGCCCCCGUGGAUACCUGCGUAUUUUCAAGAAUAUGAAAAUUGGCUCAAGAAGGAUCUGUUAUUAAGGCAUGAUAAAAAAAGAGACAAGGAAAACCACUAUAGAAAAAACAAGGAAUUAGUGGAUCCUGAAGACGCCGAUAUGUCACUCAAGUUAGGCGUCACACUUGUUAAAGACAAAAACUGGUUCUACUUGUUAUCAAUGGAAGGGAAACUUUGGAAUGAUGAGCAUCUUGAUGUUAUUUUUUAUUACCUCCGUAAGAAAGGCAAAUAUGAAGAUAACAGCACAUACAAAUUUACCACCGUCAGCUGUAUACUACAUACCAUAAUCACCGAGAUUUACCAUGCUUGGAAAAAUCCUAAUCAUCCAAUGUCGCUAGUAAGGAAUCCGAUGGAUUGUGGUGUAUAUUGCGCCUUUUGUCGAAUUCUCGAGUUCUCGGUGAAGUAUUCCAACGAUAUUGAUUCAAAGUUUCACCGUCGAGAUAUGGUGCACUUCUUGCGACUAUGCUUGGGGAAAGGCAAACCGACGUGUGGAUCAGCUUAA